GGAAGUAAGUGAGAGAAAGGAAGAAGUCCAUUCGAGCAGGAGGCAAGGGAUGAAAAAAUUGACUGAAUGACAUUGAAGAGAAAUGCAGAGAAGAUCAUUGGCUGCCUGAACUCUAACGUGCUGAGUCAUGACCUCAUUCUGCCACACGUGAACUUCUCCCAGCUGUCCACCGUAGACUACACUGAGAUUUACGGUGUCAUCAAGACGUUGAAGGAAGGCAGCUUCGCCAAGCUGGGCCUGGACCCUUGUGUUCUGGAGGAUGAGCUCAACAAGUCAGUGCAGGGUACAGGCUUGGCCUUCAUUGCCUUCACAGAGGCCAUGACUCAUUUCCCGGCCUCUCCCUUCUGGUCCUUCACGUUCUUCUUCAUGCUCAUCAACCUGGGCCUGGGCAGUAUGAUCGGCACCAUGACAGGCAUCACCACGCCCGUCCUCGACACCUACAAGAUCUAGAAGGAGCUCUUCACAGGUCAGCCCUAAAACCAACUAUGGCUCUCCCAUUCUCCUCUAUCAUAGUUUCAUACACAAAUUCAGCACUUUUACCCAAGACAGAGUGGGGAACUAGGUAAGACUCACAAAUUCUGAGAUUAUUAAGGAUGACUCAUUU